AUGGACGUUUCAGUUCGGUUUUGAACAAUUUAGAAAAUAUUCAUACAUCACAGAUCUUCUUUACGAUUAGUGAUAUAAAAAUAAAAAUUUUGUGUUUUUUUCCAAGUUUGAACGUUCAAAAAAUAGUGUGUUAAAAAAUUACAAUAUAAAUUAAACAGCAUCAGUAACUGAAGUUCAGCAACAGUAAUGGACCAAAAUACUUUGAUUAAAUGUAAAAAAUUUCAAAUUCAAGCUGCCGAGGAGAGACAGAAGAAUUUGAAUAGUGAUUUUUUAGAAAGCAAAAUAAUUUCUACUGAUGCAGCACAAUAUGCAGAGCCUGAGGAACCUCAUUGGUUGUUUCGUCGUAUAUUUAUACUAACAUGGAUAAGGAGUUACGACCGCGACAAAGCUGUUGCGGACUUCAUUGCUGGUUUAACGCUCGGUUUAACAAUUAUACCGCAAAGUAUAGCGUAUGCAUCAUUAGCAGGAUUGUCAUCGGAAUAUGGCCUUUAUUCAGCAUUUGCGGGCUCGAUAAUAUAUGUUUUCUUCGGAACUGUGCCACAAGUAUCAAUAGGUCCAACUAGUUUAAUGGCUUUGAUGGUCCUGCAGUUUUGCGCCGAUAAACCUAUACAAUUUACUAUCGUUUUAGCAUUUUUGGCGGGCCUUGUUGAAUUGCUUAUGGGUGUUUUUAAAUUAGGAUUCGUUGUCAACUUUAUACCAGCCCCAGUAAAUAAGGCGUUUACAUCUGCUACAGCUACAAUAGUUGUUCUUGCACAAAUAAAGAAUUUAUUGGGAAUUAAAAUCAAAGGUAUACCGUCCCCAUCACAAUUUAUAAAUGGGAUUAAUAUAUCAGAUGCAAUAAUGGGUUUUAUAUGUAUCAUUGUUCUUUUAACAUUGAGACAACUAUCGCAAAUAAAUUUUAAAAGCAACGGUCGAAAAAUAAAACAACUAAAGAAGCUGUGCUGGUAUAUAAGCAUUUCUCGAAACGCACUUACAGUUUUCUUAUGCGCUAUUAUUAGUUUCAUUUGGAUUAAAGAAAGAUCAUAUCAAGCCAUACCAUUUGCUUUGUCCGCUAAAGUAGAAUCAGCUGCUAUUACGUUAAAACUUCCCCCAUUUGUUUUUAACUACAAUAAUGUGACAUAUGUUUUCUCGGACAUUGUUCGGGAACUUGGAAGCGGUAUUGUGGUGGUGCCAAUAGUUGCAGUGCUGGCUAAUGUCGCUAUAGCCAAAGCUUUUGUAAAGGAUGCAAAACUUGAUGCUUCCCAGGAAAUGUUAUCACUCGGUCUUUGUAACUUAGUUGGUUCUCUCUUCAGUGCUAUGCCAACUUGUGGCGCAUUUACACGUUCAGCUGUAAGCCAAUCUAGCGGCGUUAGAACCCCUAUGGCUGGAAUAUAUACUGGUUUAAUUGUUAUAUCGGCGUUGAGCAUAUUAACACCAUAUUUUCAAUAUAUACCUAAAGCUACGUUGUCUGCCGUGCUAAUUGCUGCAGUGGUGUUUAUGAUUGAUCUUUCGCCGAUUAAAAACCUAUGGAGGUCUAACAAAAAAGAUUUUUUCAGUUGGAUAGGUUGUUUCAUUGUUUGCUUAUUGUGUGGAGUAGAAAUGGGACUUUUCUUUGGAAUUAUUGUAAAUAUGAUUUUUAUUCUUUUACGUUUGGGUAAUCCAAAGGUGGAUAUUUUCUUAACAGAGACCGAUGGAGUGACUUACGUAUACUGCAUGCCUCUUUCUGAUAUUUAUUACAGCGGUGUGGACUAUUUACGUGGCAGAAUACGAUCAGCAUGUAUUUUGUACAGAAAUGACUUCCCCAUUGUUUUGGAUUGCCAUCGAUUUAUGCAAUUCGAUGCUACAUUUGUAGAUAUGUUAAGUGCUGUUGCUAAGGAAUUAAACGAAAACAAUGUUCAAUUCGUUUUGCAUCGAAUGAAUCUCAAACUACAAGAACAAAUUUAUGUACCUAACGUUUCAUUUACAAAUGGUCUAAUUUCUGGUGAUGAUUUUAAACAGAAAAAAUAAGUAUAUUUAAUUAUUAUA